GCAUUUGCGAGGGUGCGACGAGAAAGAAAGUACGAUUGUUUCCGCUUCCCUCUCAAAACAACUUACUGGUAUUAAUAGAAUUAGUUUUCAGGGAAGAAAGUGGAUAACUUUAAGAAAAAGAAUAGAAAUGAGGUAAAAGUAAAGAGUCUUAAAAGAAAAGCUUGUUAAAAAAACAAAGUAAAGUGACAGUAGUUCGAUCGAUCGAUCAUUGUAUUUAAACUAAACUGUAGAUAUAUAAGUGUGCUUCUAUGGUGUUUGACAUAUAUAUAUAUAAAUAUAUACAGGUAUAUAUAUAUAUAUAUAUAUAUACAUGUGUAUUCAUGUAAAUGUGUAUAAUUUAACUAUAUCUCUUACUAUAUGAUAGAAAUAUACAGCAUAUAAAAAUGCACUGGUAGUAUAUAUACAGUAUAUACAGUAUAUAUAUAUAUAUACUGUAUAUAUAUAUAUAUAUCUACAUAUGCAUAUGCUGUAUAAUACAUAUACGUAUGUGUAUUUAUCUGUACGUAUAUAUUCUUGUUUUUUUCGGUUUCUUAGUCCAUGAAAGCAAAAUUUAGGUCGUUAGGAGAUAUAUGUAUUUUAUACUGUACUCUGUUUAGUCAUAUAUUCUCUUCGAAAAAAUGUUUUACAGGUUUUUGCAUGAACCCUUUAAAAUAUUUAUUUCGGUUUAGAAACACAUAUGUUCUUGGCAGGACAAGAUGUACAGUCUGAAAUUGUUGCAAUGUGUGAUGGGAUGUGGUCAGUCUCAGAAUAAAGCACGUGUCGACAACGACGACAGAAUUACCAAAUCUAAAAGGGUUGACAAGAAGCAAAGUCAACCGAGCAAUUCAAGUACUAAUCAAACUGAAUCGAGCGCGACCUCGAGUAGAAGAAUAUUUCAGGAAACGCUUAACAAGCCUAUAGCGCAACGCAACGUCAUGACAAACAGCCAAAUAGAGUUCUUCAGAAUGCUCGAUGAAAAGGUCGAACAAGGCCGUGAUUAUGAAGAUGUAACAAAUUGAUUAAAUUCAAGGAAUGUUUUAAUCUCCUGCAUUUAGGGUGUCAUAUGGCUUGCAUAAAACUGUAUUCCAAGAAACAAGUGUAGUACUAAUAUCGAAAGGAAAAUUGUCUAGAAACGUGAUGAUUAUAAUAAAACAUUAUAUAACAUUUAUUUUUUACAAAUAUACUGUAUACAUGCAUGUAUAUAUGCUGUAUACGAAUAUAUAUAUGUGUGCGAAUAUAUAUAUAUAUAUAUAUAUAUAUAUAUAU